AUGGUAGCUAGAGGAUUUAAACUGGGCGAAAACAAGUCUGUGACUGGAGAUCUAACUUGCCAGUUAGAUAGGGGCCAGAUGGAACGAUUAAAAUUGAAACUUUCCAAAUAUGAGAGUAUUAUGGCAGAGUCAACCCUCUUCAAAGAAACGAUCAAGAUACUACAAUACCGCUCCAUUACACACAUACGAUGUUUAGCAUUAGGUUCUCCGUCUGACAGUAAUGCUGCAUUAUACCAAUUGGCAUUUUUGACUCAGGUAUGCCGAGAUUUUGAUGUCAAUCCGUCAAAUGUUUCGUUAUACGACCCAGUUUUCAAUGAACUUGACAACCAAUUUCUAACGAAUGUAACGAAUUUUAAAAUAUCAGAGAAGGAUACGUUUGUUGGCCUAAAAACGUUAUAUUUCCUUCCUCAUGCAUCUUUGGAACUCACAGAGCAAGUGCUUAACGACUCCAAGCCAUCAUUUUUAUUGGCUAACGAUAUAAUAUCACACACUGACAGAUUAACAAAAAAGAAGAUACACGAUACAUAUAGAACGAUUUCAUUAUUAAUAAAGGUGCUUGAAAAUACCAAAAUUGCACCAAAAGAGAGUGAUGAUUUCAUAUCCGUUACGCUGAAGAAAAAGAAAAACAGAAAUAAGAAGCCGGUUUUUAAAGAACCUGAAAUUGAAUACGACUAUGCUAACUGUUAUUUCAAAACUGCCGAACUUGCAAGGAUAGAAAAUGUCCAAGGCGUCUGGGGUAGUUCGUUUUCAGAUAUUGCAUUCCACCAUAUAAUACGGAAUACUACAUUCGCAAAAAAUCAAGAAUAA